AAAGAGAUUACUGUUUGGUAUGUUUAUAUCGCUCAACAUUUGUUUACUUUUUAGUGUAACGAUUUGUUAUUUAUUUGCUGAUGAUUUUUAAAAUUUUAAUAUAAUAGCAUUUUAAAUAUGUCAAAACAGUCUAAAAAGGCGGUUGAAUAUAAAUUAAACGAUUUAGUAUUUGCAAGAGUUCGAGGUUAUCCUCCUUGGCCCGCUAGAAUCGUAGAAACAGGUCUAAAAUAUAAAGUUAUCUUUUAUGGAACAGCCGAAACAGGAUAUAUUAAAAUAGAAGAUUUAUUUAACUAUGAAGAAAAUCGUGAAUCUUUUAAGAAAAAGUUUGCGAAAAGAAAAAAUUAUCAAUUAUCUCUGAAUGAAAUUACAGUUGCAUGGAACAGAAGACAGGUGUUACAAGACUUUUUACCAAAGUCCAACUCUGUUCUUGAUACUGAUGUUAAGGAUGUGAAAGAAACAAAAGUAAUUGAAAACAAAAAACAGAUUGCGCAAAGGGAAGAUGCUAUAAAACCUAUAAAACCAGAUCAAAUUCAUCAACUCAGUAAUGCUAAAAACUCACUGAAAAAAGAGGAGGAGCCAAAACCAAGUACUUCACAGAGCAAUAAUAAGAAAAGGACUCGCACCGAUUCAGAAUCUUCAGUUCCUUCAAAGCGACCCAAAGUGCAACAUUUGAGAGAUUUACUAGAUGACUCAUACUUACAAGGCACUAUAUUAAAGUUUGAAAGAAAAGGAAUUCUUUACACAAUGUAUUCAAUAGCAGAACUUCAAAAGAUAAAGGCUAAGCAUGAAGAGAUCUUGAGUAUGAAGGAAAAUGACAAUUUUAAUGCAGAUACUUAUGAAUUCAUUUGCGAUUAUUCUGUGGCAUUAGUGUAUGAACCAAUAAUUCAUCCUGUAGUUUUUGGAUUGCACAUAACUAAACAUAGACCUGACGAAUUUGAUGGCCCACUGGCCAGACUUGAAUGGGAAUCGGGAAUGAUCCAAGAUGUGAAUCAUAUCAUUUUAGACUUAAGUAUGUUUUGACAAUAGUAAAUGCAUGCAAAAA